AUGAGCGACCCCGAGAAGCGUCCAUCUGUCAGUCCCCUUGACGUCAAUCUCAGCAGCUCUGGCUCGUCCGUCGAGAAACAUGGCGAACACGACGUGGUCAACGCGUACGAUGUCGACGUCGCGGCCCAGCUCACCUCAGGAACGGAGGUCGCCAUCGACCCCGCAGAGUCUGCCAGAGUCCGAAGAAAGAUCGACAUGCAUUUGAUGCCUCUCAUGUGUGUUAUGUAUCUUAUGCAGUUCGCCGACAAGACGACAUUAGGACAGUCUGCGGUCCUGGGCCUCCUGACCGGUGACCAUCUGACGCAAAACCAAUUCAACUGGCUCGGAACGAUCUUUUAUCUCUUCUAUCUCGGCUUUGAGUUCCCGCAGAAUUACGCGCUGCAGCGGUUCCCGGUCGGGAAAUGGGUCAGUAUCAAUAUAUUCAUUUGGGCUGUUGCGUUGCUCUGUCAUGCGGCAGCGAAGACCUUUGGCCAGCUGUUUGCCUGCCGGGUCUUCCUCGGCAUCUGCGAGGGUGCAAUCACCCCCGGGUUCAUGAUCGUCACAUCCAUGUUUUACACUCGCCAAGAACAGACCCAGAGAGUAGGUUAUUGGUUCCUGAUGAAUGGCGCCGCCAUAAUCAUGCUCGGUCUCAUCGCAUAUGGGACACUACAUAUUCAUUCGAGCGUAUUGAUGCCAUGGCAAUGGUUGAUGAUUAUCUUCGGUAUCAUCACUUUUGUGGUCUCCAUACUUUUCUGGUUCUUUUUCCCUGACUCGCCGGCGACUGCAUCGUUCCUGACCCCCGAAGAGAAAGUGAUCGCUAUCGAGCGUAUCAAAGUAAACCAGGCCGGUGUCGAGAACAAGCACUUUAAGAUGGACCAGCGCGUCCUCAGAUUCGUCGAGUGCUUCAAGGACCCGAAGACAUGGCUUUUCUUCUUCUUUGCCGCUAUCUCGAACGUCACAAACUCGCUCAGUAACCAGCGACAAAUCAUCGUCGCAGAGUUCGGCUUCACCGAUAUACAGACAACGUUGCUAGGUUGUGUCGACGGUGUCGUUGAGAUCAUCGUGAUCUACUGCACGACGACGUCCGCGGCGUAUUGGCCAAACGGGCGAGCAUACUCCGGGGCGCUUGCGUAUUGUGUCGCCAUUCUCGGCUCGAUCCUCGUUAAUGCGCUUCCGUCCAAGGAUCGAGUUGGUUUGCUGUUCUGCUACUGGAUAUCUAUUUCUGAGAUUGCUCCGUUCGUUGUCAUGCUGGCAUGGGUUGGCUCGACCACGGCCGGGCACACCAAACGCGUGACAACCAAUGCAGUCGUCAUGGUCGGCUACGCAGUUGGCAAUGCCGUUGGCCCACAAUACUGGAAGGCCGAGUAUCAACCGCGCAACCACAUCCCGUGGGCGAUUCUUACCGCGUGCUGGUUCGUCUCCGGCAUGUUGCUGCUCGUCACGCGGUGGUACCUUGCGCGCGAGAACGCGAAGCGUGACCGAGAGGCUCACGACCCGACGUAUGAUGACGUCUACAUCACUGACGAGGCGACACAAUCGGAGAAGAAGGUCGACAAGGCUUUCCUCGACCUCACGGAUAUCCAGAAUAGGGAUUUCCGAUACGUGCUUUGA